AUGUCCCUAUUCAGCAACGGUCGAUUCAACGGCCACCUCGUCGUGCCCUCGUUCCUCACCGGCAAAGGAAUCAAACGCGAUGCGGCUCCUACGCGCAACCAGACCAACCCUGACGCCGAGCUUGACCUCGAGCUUUCCUUCGCAUCUACUAUGUCCCUGAACUCCCCUCCCAGAGAUUCCCGACCACUCACACCAGAAGCGGAGAACCCGAACUAUGUCCCUAUGGAUGUCUCGCCUGCACCGUCCGCCCCUUCACUGACCACCGGUCGCAAACCGGCGAUGGGUCGCCCUCGUGCAGCGACCAGCGCUGCUCGUCUGUUUGGUCAAGACAUGAGCAACGAUCACAAUCACGACAACGUCUCGGUGAGCUCAGCUUCCAAGCAGGUCACGGGCACCAGCAGCGGCAAGCGGCUGCAGCGUGCCGCGCUCCCCACAGAAUGGUUCGCCACUCCGCAGCCUCGUUCAGACGAGCUCGCUGUCAGUCAGCCCAUCGAUGUCCCUUCAUCACCCACUGACCGCAUGGAUAUCGACACCUCAUUCGGCUUCGCGGCUUCCUCCUCCGCGCCAGACUCGCAGGGCCUUCCGUCCGCAGCGCCGACGGUGGCGACUUUCAACUUUGCGGCGCCCGCCGCCUUCGACCUUGCCUCGCCUCUCCCCUCGGCGGCGCCCACCGUGACGACAUUCAAGAACCUCUUCUUCGAGACGCCCGCGCGAGAGCUCAACGCGCACGAGCUCGCCAACGCCGCCGACAUCUCUGGGCUUUCGAGCCUCACUGAAAGCCCGAGCCAGCCGUUUCCCAAGAAACGCCGCUCAUCGUCGCCUGACUCGAAGGGUCUCCGGCGCAGUCACCACCACCUGUUUGAAGACGAUGAACACGGAUAUCUAUCCUCCCCCGCGCAGUCCUCGCCCACCCAGCACAAGCUCGAGCGUAUCGCCAGCAAGGAGCGUCUCCUCGCCAACCAGAAGCGCCCCACGAGUCUGGGACUAGGCAUGCCUGCCGCGCUCGCACUCAACGCAAACAAGAAACGCCCCCGCCGCCCCGCCCUCAGCGCGAUGAUCGCUCCCGGUGAGGGCCCUAUGGGCGCGCCGUCCUCGCAACCCACGACGGCGCACCCGAUGUUCUCGACGGCGGAGGACGAGCAUUCGGAGGAGCAUCGCGCCCCUCGUCUGCCCCCCGCGCGUCGUGCGUUCUCCGCGAUGCUACCUCCGAACCUGCUCGACCAGACGAUGUCGAGCGAGUCGAGCUUCGACCAGGACCUCGACAUGAGCUCGCCCGCGCAGGCGUACGCGAAGCGCCAACAGGUGAAGACGAUCCGCCGCUGCGACGGCACGGACGACUUCCGCCCGCUCACGGGCGCGACCGCGCUCAUGAAGCGCGACACCGAGGUCUUAAGCUGUUCGGGCCACAGCGGGCGUCACAGCGACGAGAACGACCGGUCGCGGAGCGGUGCAGAGCGCGACACGCCGCGCAGCAAGUACUUGACCGGCCUCGGCGGAUUCGGCGACAACGAGGCGCACGGCAAGAUCCUCUCGUGCCACCGCGUGCGCGAGGACGGGCUGAUGAGGAUCAACCCGACGACGCUCAACAAGCUCCUGGACGGCGCUUACGAUUCGAAGAUCAAUAACUACCACAUCAUCGACUGCCGGUUCGACUACGAGUACCUCGGGGGCCACAUCCCGGGCGCGAUAAACAUCAACACCACCGCAGGCGUGGAGGAGUUCCUCCUCGGCCUUUCUGCAAACAAGCCGGAGCCGUCUACGAGCAGCGAUCCCAACAAGAAGACGAUCCUCGUGUUCCACUGUGAGUUCAGCGUUAAGAGGGCCCCGACAUUCGCUAAGCAUCUCCGUUCUAAGGAUAGGGCGAUGAACAACCAUGUGUACCCGCGCGUACACUUCCCUGAGCUGUACGUGCUCGAGGGCGGGUACUCGGGCUACUUCCACGAGUCUGGCGUGCGCUGCCAGCCACAGGCGUACGUGCGCAUGGACGACCCGCACUAUGCGCAGUCGCGCCGCGAGGACCUAGAUCAGUUCCGCAAGGGCAAGUUCGGACGCACCAAAUCAUACGCGUACGGGGAAGGCAAGAUGCUCUCGAUGACCAGCGCGGCGCAGCAAGUCCAGGCGGCGCAGCCGAAGCGCAACACCGCGCCGAGCGGGGGCGCGACGACGCUCUUCGCGGCCGCGAACAUCGCGCGCACCCGCCGCGCCGGGCUUCAUACUCUCACCGAGGGCCCGAGCAGCUCUGGUCAUGGCAGCGACGGGGACGACACCGACAUCGGCGACAGCCCGUGCCCGCCGCCGACCAAGAACGUCGCGUUCAAGGGGAAGAAGAUCGGGCGCGCGCCGCUCAUGCGGGCGGAGACCUACGACCCGUCGCGCAUGAACAUGGGCUACUGA